AUGGGGAAAACUUCACAUAGAGGGACAUUAAAGAAGGAGAAAAAACCUUUUAAAAGUAAGCAUUCCACCAAAGGUCAAUUGAAAAAUGUCAAUAAAGGUAAAGUAGAAAAAACUUCAGGAAAUGGGAUCAAAUUAAAGCAAUUAUCCAAGAUUGAUAGAAAGAAUCAAGCUAGACAAUUAAAAGAUAAUAAAAUCUUAGAAACCAAAUUGAUUAGAAAGAUCUUCGAAGGUUCAAACGGUGUUGAGAAAAUCAUCACCAUCAUCCCAUUAACUGACGAUUUAUCAGCAUCAGAAAUCAUAAAGAAGUUAUUAUAUUCAAUUGAAGAACCAAAUGUUCCUGAUUUCCAAAUACCUUCAAUUACCAACAUCAAGGUAAAUAGAUUCAGAUCAAACUUGAAAGUUAUAAUUCCAGAUCCAACUAAUUUGUUAUCUAUCUUAGAUGCCACAAAAGUAUCAGAUUUUACCAUUUUUGGUAUCUCAGCUACUAGUGAAGUUGAUCCAGAAUAUGGUGAAACAAUUUUAAGAGCUUUAAUUGCUCAAGGUAUUGGUUCAGUAAUCGGGGUAUUACCUAAUUUAGUCACCAGUUAUCCUAAAAGAAAUUUACAAUUGGAUAUAAGACAAUCCUUAACAUCAUUUUUCAAACAUUUCUUCCCUGCUGAAGAGAAAUUAUUUGCAUUAGAAAUUGAAAACGAAUGUUCUAAUUGUAUCCGUACCAUUUGCCAGAAAUUCCCCAAAUCAGUCAAUUGGAGAGAUAAUAGAGGUUAUAUGAUAGCUGAUAAUGUCACUUAUGAAGAGAAUUUGUUAGUAGUUGAAGGAUCAGUUCGUGGGAUUGGUUUUAACACUAACAAUUUAGUACAUUUACCAGGUCAUGGUGAUUUCCAAAUAAGUCAUAUUGAAAAGUUAGCUAGAAAACAAGAUGAUGAAAUGAAUGAUAUAAUCGAACCUAAUGAAAAUCAAGAAACUUUGGAAGAAUUAAAUCCUGAAGAAUUGGAAAUGGACGAAGAUUAUUUCGAAUAUAAUGAUGAAGAUGUGGGUAUUAGAAUGGAUGGAAAGAACUAUUUCAAUGAUGGUCCUCAACAACCUCAAAGAAGAUUCAAAUUACCUAAAGGAACCUCAGAAUAUCAAAGUAAAUGGUUAUUAGACGAUGUUUUAGAAGGUGUUAGUGAUACUGAAAGUAUUGGUGACGAAGAUGAAGAACAAGAUAUGGAAAUUUUGGAUGAAAUGAGAGAUGACAUCGAAGAAGGCGAUGAACAAGAUGAUAACGAAGAAGAAGAUGGUGAUAUGUUUGUAGAUUUAACUCCAGAAGAAGAACAAAGACAAUUGGAAAGUUAUAGAUCACAAAUCAAAGAUGAUUUAGAAUUUCCGGAUGAAAUUGAAUUGAAACCAACCGACUCCGCUAAAGAAGUCAUGAAGAAAUAUAGAGGUAUUAAAUCAUUAGCUAAUUGUGAUUGGGAAGUCGAUGAAGCUGACGAAGAAGCUCCUGAAGAAUGGAAUAGAUUAUUAAGAAUCUCCAAUUAUAAAUCAACCAAGAAUAAAGUCGUUAAAGAUACCAUUAAGAACUGUCAAGUUAAUAUGGGUAACAAGGUAAGAAUGUUCAUUAAAGCUCCAACCCUUAAUAUAGAUACUAGUAAACCAUUUAUCGUUUACGGAUUAUUAGAACAUGAACAUAAAUUAGGAGUCAUUAACUUUUCAUUUCAAAAUUGGGAAGGUUUUGAAGAAUCCAUACCUUCAAAUGAACCUAUUAUUGCUCAAUAUGGACCUAGAAGACAAAUUAUCAACCCAUUAUUCAAUCAAGCAACAAACAAUCCAAACAAUGUCCACAAACUUGAGAAGUUCCACCAUCAAGGUAAUGUUUCUGUUGCUACUUGUAUUGGACCUAUAUUAUUCAAUAAUGCCCCAACUAUCUUUUUCAAACAAUUAGAAGAUGGAUCAUUAAAAUUAAUAGGUCAAGGAACCUUCUUGAAUUGUGAUCAUUCAAGAAUUGUGGUAGAAAGAUCUAUCUUAACAGGUCAUCCAGUUAAAAUUCAUAAAAAUGUUGUUACAGUUCGUUAUAUGUUCUUUAAUCCUAAUGAUAUCAAUUGGUUUAAAGCCGUUCCAUUAUACACAGGAUCAGGUAGAUCAGGGUUUAUUAAAGAAAGUUUGGGUACUCAUGGAUAUUUCAAAGCUAAUUUUGAUGGUAAGUUAUCAGCUCAAGAUGUGGUGGCUAUGAACUUAUAUAAAAGAACAUGGCCUCAGCGUUCAGUUAUGUUUAACCAGUAG